AUGCGCUGCUUCCAGAUGGAAUUUUUCUUCGAUGAGCUCUUUGACUUCCUCCUACUAUUUGACGGACCGGAUUGUAUGUCAAAAAGGAUCGCGGCCAUAUAUGACAAUCAGCAGACGAGAUACGUUACAUCCGGCCAUCAGAUGGUGCUUCUCCUUCUCUCAGAUACAACAACACCCAACGGCGCAUUCAGCAUAAAGUACGGUGCAAUCACCGAUGAAAAAAUGAAUCCUCCACAACCACCAUUCCGUAAGUGCCCAUGUUUUAAAUCUAGUUCAUUUGAAUGA